AUGACUGUGGAUCCAGCACACAAAUCAUACGUCGGCUUGACUUACGUGCUAAUCAAUUGCUUAGGACCACGAACACCCCUGGUGCGUAGCAAGGCUGCGACGCCGUCUUCCACUAUGGCCAUGAUAGACGAGGACACAAUUGUCCUUUCCGACGAGGAUCAUGCUAUGGAAUCGAUAGAGCACGGCAACGGGAAUGGCGACCAUGCCGCGACCGUCAACCCUUCGAAGCUCCUGUUCCACGCCGCCUCACCGGAACUUCUUUCGCCAGUGCUGCCCUUCCAUGGCCUGGGCAACCCCCGCAAAGGCUCUCCGUCUAGGAAGCCUUUGAAUGCACAAGGUUAUUCGAGUUCAUCUCCUGGAGUUUUGAGCCAAAGUCGACAAUUACAAAACUCAGUACCAGUCGAUUCGGAUUCCAUGGAUGUUAUACCUGCAAGGGUUGCCCGCGUCCAGGUGCGUGUGCCACCGCCACCAAGGUUCAAACCUCUACCAUACCCGUCUAGCAGGACUGGAUUGGUAUACGAUGAUCGCAUGAGGUUCCACGCCGAGGACGAGGUUCUUAACAAUAAUCCUCCUGAUGAUAUUCACCCCGAGGAUCCCCGCCGCAUUUAUGCAAUCUUCCAUGAGAUCCGGCAAGCCGGCCUGGUGCAAGAUUCGUUUGAUUCGGAUGACGAGGACGCAGAAUCUCGCGAUAACAAAUGCUGGAGAAUUCAUACUAGACAUGCCACACAAGCUGAGAUUUGCCUCGUACAUACACCCGAUCAUUACUUGUAUGUUGAGGCAUUACAAAAUAAGACGACUCUUGAACUCCAGGCGCUAUGUCGCGAUAAGGACUCAGUAUACUUCAAUAACUCAACCUUCGAUAGUGCAUUAUUAGCCGCGGGAGGUGCCAUCGAGGCUUGCAGAGCUGUAGUAAUGGGUCAAGUUCGAAAUGCUAUCGCCAUCAUACGACCACCAGGACAUCACGCCGAAGCCACAGAACCCUCGGGGUUUUGCAUAUUCAACAACGUGCCCAUUGCUGCCCGAGUAUGCCAAAAUGAUUUCCCUGAGACUUGCCGCAAGAUCAUCAUCUUAGAUUGGGAUGUCCAUCAUGGCAACGGCAUCCAGCAUGCUUUCUACGACGACCCCAACGUUCUCUACAUCUCCCUGCACGUCUUUAGGGGGGGGGCACGUAAUCCUGAUGGCGACCUAACGUACUGUGGCGAAGGACCUGGUUUAGGACGCAACGUCAAUAUUCCGUGGGAAGAGCACUAUAUGGGCGAUGCUGAAUACAUCUAUGCUUUUCAGCAGGUAGUCAUACCGAUCGUGUCGGAGUUUGACCCGGAUCUCGUCAUCAUAUCUGCGGGAUUUGAUGCCGCAGAAGGAGACGCCUUGGGAAUGUGUCACGUCAGCCCUGCCGGUUAUGCCCACAUGACGCACAUGCUCAUGCGAGUUGCGGAAGGAAAGAUGGCCGUGACGCUCAUGUUGCAACCUCCAGAUCGUCUUGCGGAUGAUUUGAACCCCAAGGAAUCCGCGGUCCGAACGAUAGAACAAGUUAAGCGAGCACAAUCGAAGUUCUGGAAGUGCAUGUACCCGAAGCAACUCGACUCAGCUAUCCCAGCUUCCCCAUCCACGUCACGAUUACACGAAGUACUGAGAAAGUUCCAGAGUUUGAACAUGGCUGAGGAAUACCGCAUGACGCCUCUCCAAAUCAUUAAGGAUGAAUUGAAGGACUUUUUUGAGCACAAUGUGGUUGCCACACCCUACUUCACAGACAAGCGUCCGUUACUAGUCAUAUUCCACGAUCCGCCGAACCUCACCUACUCUCCGGAUCCAGUCACCGGCAAGAUAGAGCUUCAUAACAUAUGGCUGGCUGAUGUGGUAGAAAAGGACUACAUCGGGUGGGCUAUCAAGAAUGGCUUUGAAGUCAUUGAUGUGAACGUCCCAAAAAUAGAGCCCAUUAAAGACGACGACGGAGAGUUCAUCUACUCCGAUACACACGACGAGCGAGCUGAAAAGACUAAGCAGCUCGCUUCGUACAUAUGGGAGAAUUACAUCGAACCCCACGACGCAACACAGGUCUUCUUCCUAGGUAUUGGAUCAGCGUAUGUCGGGCUGGUAGACUUGUUGAGAAGCAAUGAAGCAUGCACCGACGAGAACAGCGUCGUGGAAUCCCUCAUCGCUUUUGUCGCAGAUACCUCGCUCCAGUCAAUCAGAAGACCAACUGACGACAACGUUGCCUCCUGGUACGAAUCGCAUUCCAUGAUUUUCGUCCAAAACGACCACCUCUGCUGGGAUCCUUCUCGAGGCCACAAACGCCGCAAGAAGUGGGGCAAGCUGAUCCGCUCCGAGCAUGUCAAACUCGACGAUAUGCUCAUGCAGCACAAGGAAGAAGUCCAGCAGUAUCUUCUCGCAAAGAAGGCGCCGUUCGUCGAUCACGGCGACGAUAUCAGCGUCGAUGAUGACUCGAAGCAACCUCUUCGCAGCCCUCCACUCCCCAGCGGUCUACAGUCUCCUCAGGGAAGCGUGCCGCUUACGAGAAACGGUUACGCUGAAGAGGGCCGUUCGAGGCUGCCGCCAGUAGCGUAUUUCAACGUGUCUAACAGUCGUACAGGGACCCUUAGUCCAACGGCACCGGGGAGUCCACUGCGGCAGGGCUUUGGGAGAGGUUGA